CGUGUCCUUGCAGCCGGCUCGGGUGUGAAGCAGUGUAGCCGAUUUUAGGUGAAGUUUUGAGAAAGAAGAGAUUGGGGCCAGCGAGGGAAGUGAGGAAAAUCAGAUCCCAGAUCUUUGGGGAGAAAGAGCUGUAAGGAGCAACACACCCUCCACCUUAGACCAUCAGGUGGAAAUAGCAGGUUGAGAAGAGCUGGAGCUCACAGGCCUCCUGGGAUCAUAGUUCCAAACAGGCUGGCACCGCCCUCCAGCUGAAGGUGUUCCCUCAGCUGCCCAGGGGAUGUGAUUGUGAGGCCGAAUCUGCAGACCCCGCGGGAAGAGGGCUCCCGGGGCCAUGGCCGAGGUCAGCAUCAACAGUGACCUCGGCGAGUGGGGCUCGAGCUCAGACUCCGGGGAGCGGGCCCGUCUGCUACAGAGUCCCUGUGUGGACACAGCCCCCAAGAGCGAAGGGGAGGCCUCUCCUGAGGGUCCGGGCAGAGGCACCACUUCCACCAUUGGGGCCAUCUUCAUCGUCGUCAACGCCUGCCUAGGUGCAGGGCUGCUCAACUUCCCCGCAGCCUUCAGCACCGCAGGCGGGCUGGCGGCCGGCGUCACACUGCAGGUGGGCAUGCUGGUCUUCAUCAUCAGCGGCCUCGUCAUCCUGGCCUACUGCUCCCAGGCCAGCAACGAGAGGACCUACCAGGAGGUGGUGUGGGCCGUGUGUGGCAAGCUGACGGGAGUGCUUUGUGAGGUGACCAUUGCCAUCUACACCUUCGGCACUUGCAUCGCCUUCCUCAUCAUCAUCGGGGACCAACAAGACAAGAUUAUAGCUGUGAUGGCGAAGGAGCCUGAGGGGGCCGGUGGCAGCCCCUGGUACACAGACCGAAAGUUCACCAUCAGCCUCACGGCCUUCCUCUUCAUCCUGCCCCUUUCCAUCCCCAGAGAGAUCGGCUUCCAGAAAUAUGCCAGCUUCUUGAGCGUCGUGGGCACCUGGUACGUCACUGCCAUCAUUAUCAUCAAAUAUAUCUGGCCAGAUAAAGAGAUGACCCCAGGGGACAUCCUGACCAGGCCAGCUUCCUGGGUGACCGUGUUCAAUGCUAUGCCCACCAUCUGCUUCGGAUUUCAGUGCCAUGUGAGCAGCGUGCCCGUCUUCAACAGCAUGCGGCGGCCCAAGGUGAAGACCUGGGGUGGGGUGGUGACAGCCGCCAUGAUCAUUGCCCUCGCUGUCUACAUGGGCACAGGCAUCUGUGGCUUCCUGACCUUUGGAGCUGCCGUGGACCCCGACGUGCUCCUGUCCUACCCUUCCGAGGACAUGGCUGUGGCCGUUGCCCGUGCCUUCAUCAUCCUGAGCGUGCUCACCUCCUACCCCAUCCUGCACUUCUGUGGGCGGGCGGUGGUCGAAGGCCUGUGGCUACGCUACCAGGGGAUGCCGGUGGAGGAGGACGUGGGGCGGGAGCGGAGGCGGCGCGUGCUGCAGACCCUCGUGUGGUUCCUGCUCACCCUGCUGCUGGCACUCUUCAUCCCUGACAUCGGCAAGGUCAUCUCGGUCAUUGGAGGCCUGGCCGCCUGCUUCAUCUUUGUCUUCCCAGGGCUGUGCCUCAUUCAAGCCAAACUCUCUGAGAUGGAAGAAGUCAAGCCGGCCAGCUGGUGGGCGCUGGUCAGUUAUGGUGUCCUCCUGGUCACCCUGGGAGCCUUCAUCUUUGGCCAGACCACAGCCAACGCCAUCUUUGUGGAUCUCUUGGCAUAACCACUGCCUCCCAGGCAACACAUGGCUUUUGCCACUGGACCCAGGAACCCAUCUCCUUGAGCUGUGGGGCCACCCUGAGUCCAACAUCAUUCGUCUUUCUUGCUGGGAUGACAUCUGGACAUCCUUUUCCAGGGACAGUUCUAGAGUGAAAGCAGACCUCACACCUCUGGACAGCUCAAACCCGGCAGUGCGAGGAUUGGGGGAGGAGGUCUCGUGUCACAGAAGAACCUUCCCUGUCCUCCAACUCUCAACUUCUCCAUGCCUGAAAAACAUGGGGAAAGAGGGUCAGAACAUCUCCGAAAAAAAGAACCCAGCCUGACUUUGCUUUGG